GCGCUGGUGUGUGUAGUGUGUGUGUGUGUUAAUUGUGUAAAGAAGGCACGGGCAUGACGGACAGUUCUUGAUCGUGAAAUAUUAAUACAAGUAAAAACCGAACGUAAAACCAUCGUGUCGCUGCCGUACAGAACCUUAAUUUCCAUACCAUAGCGCGUGGGCUGGCAUCUCACGAAAUUCGGUGCCACAUUUCGUUUAUUAUUUUUCCAUCAUUUGUGUUGCUGUGUGUGCAUGCGGGCGUGCGUGUGUGUGUGUGGAGUUAAGUGUUGCUGUGUGUGUGUGUGUGAUGCGUGUUUCCAACCAACCUGCAGCAGCACGUCGUUUCUUCGAGGAAGUUCGCGCAGAGCAAUAGAGCGAGCGCUGGUGCACCUUUUAGUCCCCCUCAAACAACAACGCGAAACUGGCCGUGUGUGGCCAAGCUGGGUAAAUGCACUGUUCUUUUGUUUCAUAUCAUCCCGGACUAGCCAUUGGGAGAAGGUUCGAGUGGUAAGGGGAUUUGUGUUCACGGAUAGGCACCAGGGAAAGACGGUGUGUUUUGAGCCAGACCUGGAACCACGAUGGGCGCGACGGAUGUUUGGCAAUAGGGAAAUCCGAAAGGCAGGGUUCUUUGAGUGACGACGACGCAGUCCUGCGUACAUGCAACUUUUGUGGGUGACUGGCUUGCCUGCGAUUGGAAAACGUCGUUACCGGCCGGAGAAGGCCUUGAGAACACCAUAGCAACCACCGUAAAGUGAACCCAAGAAGUGUAGUUGUGCUGUCCAGCAGUAGUAAUAGCCGUAGUAGCAGCAGCAGCAGCAACAGUGCUUCCAUACUAAUUAUCUUCUAAGAUAAGGCCAGUAGUAGCAGCAGCAGUAGCAGCGGGUGCUUAUAACGAACCAGGAAACGGAGCGUCCCGGUGUUGGUGGCUACAGCGCACCGCUUAAAAUGUCCGAAAAUCGGGACGAAAUUCUCGCCGACUUUCAGAGCAUAACGGCUAUCGACGAUGUUGCCGAAGCUAUAUUCCACCUUGAAGCAUCUAACUGGGAUUUGAUUUCCGCUAUACAGCGUGUACUGCCACAGGAUCCGACUGAUCAUCAGGCGGCAACCGUAUCGUCGUACGGUGCGACCGAUCGAGCCCGCAGUAAUGGCGGGCACAACAGCAGCAGCAGCAGCAGCACCACCACACCACACAGCAACAACAGUGCCGCGACGUCCUCGUCGGCCUUAUUUGCUGGCUCCAGCGCCGAUAUAGCACUGUACGGGAAUAAUCUUAACUAUCUGGAGGAAACGAUGCCGGAUGUGCGGGAUCAAAUAAAGGUGCCGUCACCGGUGAAAAUUAACUUCACCGGUAAAAAGAAUGUGGGCAACAGCGGGGGUAGCAGUAGCGGUAGUAGCAGUAGUGGAAUGGCUUUUAACAUUUCUGAUGUUGGUGCAUCUUCGUCGCGAUCCAGCAGCAAUCACGAUUUUCGUACCGCCCUCAACUGUCUGGACACGAAGCCGCUCGACGUGCUGUUUAACGUGCAGUUCAAAAACGAACAUCAUCACAUCAGCAUAUCGAACCAGGCGACGAUCGGUGAUCUGAAGGCAAGAAUUUUCGACAAAACGCGGGUACCGGUGUGUAGGCAGGCGCUGAAAGGAUGGGAACCGGGCAAGCAGAAGGACAUUUCCAACCUUAGCACACCGCUGAAGGCGCUCAACAUCGUCGGGAGGGAGGUGCACCUGAAGCUGAUCGAUCUUACGCCGGAAGGAUACCUCGGGGAUGCUGACGUCGAGCUGCAUGCCGCAUUGAAUCAGCAAAUGUAUCUGCUGCACAUCAACAUUCAGCCCGAAAACCAGCUGCUGCAUCUGAACUUUCCCGCCCAACAGGACAUACUGUCGAUCAAGAACCAUGUGUACACCAUCACGGACAUCCCGGUGCGCCACCAGGUGUGGUCCGGGUGGCCGAGCAACAUUACCAACCACACGACGCUGGCCGAGUCGGGGUUGGGGCUGGAGCACAAUCUGCUGCUGAAGCGCGCGGACGAAGCGAACAAGCCAAGCAACAACAACAACAAUAACAACAACACCAUCAGCAACAGCAGCAGCCAUCUGCUGAACGCGCUCAGCAGUAGUGCGGGCACCAGCGCCAACAACAGCCACAGCAGCAGUAGUGGCAGCCGUCCGGUGCUGAACUUUGGCAACGACAGCUUACCGAUCAUUCCAAUCGAUUCGGAGAGCAGCGGCGAAGAGUUUGAGGAUGCGUCCGACUUCAAUAACGACGAUGACAUCUUCACCGAAACGCCGAUCAUAAAUCAGCAGAAGCGUUUAAUACCGGACAAUGUGGACGACGAGACGAUUGGCAGCAUCCAGUUUGUGGAGAACUUUGCCGAACGCUUCGGACCGCAGCACCCGAUGUUCUUCCAGGGCAGCCUGGAGGAUGCACUGAAGGAAGCCUGCCAUCGGCCAUCGGCCCGAGACCGUAAACUGUUGGCCAUCUAUCUGCAUCACGAUGGAAGCGUGCUGACGAACGUGUUUUGCGGUCAGCUGCUAGCCUGCGAAAGCAUCAUCCAGAUUUUGCUGGAACAUUUCGUCCUGUACGGGUGGGAUUUGUCGUUUGAAAGUAACAAAAAUAUGUUUUUAUCAUCAAUAUCGGCUUGCGUGGGCAUGACGGCCUCAAUAACGGUGCGCAACAUCCCGACCGAUCGGUUACCGGCCAUUCUUGUGAUAUCGAAAAAUCGCAGCCAGUGCGAAGUGUUUCAGGUGAUCUAUGGUAAUGUGGGCGUAGAUGAUCUGCUGUCCAAGCUGAUGGAAGCGUCCGACAUGUACAGCGAACAGCUGAAGAUAGAGCUGCGCGAAGAAAACGAACGCUUCGCCCGGGAGCAGGUGAAGCUCGAGCAGGACGCGGCCUACCGCGAAAGUCUCGAGGCGGAUCGGGCGAAGCAGGAGGCGAAGCGGCAGAAGGAGAUGAUGAUGCAGUCCGAACGGCGCCGGCUCGAAUCGGAACGGGCGGAGAACGAGGCGAAGCGUGAGCUGAUACGGGCGAAGGCACGCAGCACGGUACCGGAUGAGCCGCAGCAGAGCAGCGGCGAAAGCAUAACCAAGAUCCGGGUGCGCACGCCGGCCGGCGAAAUGCUGGAGCGCAAGUUUACCGUCGACACGCCGCUGGAGCUGCUGCUGAACUAUAUCACCGCCGAGGGGUACCUGAUCGAUGAGUUUAAAGUGAUCUCAGGCUGGCCUCGUAAAGACUUAACAACGCUAAACCACGAAAGCACGCUGAAGGAACUGAAGCUAUAUCCGCAGGAAACGUUGAUCCUCGAGGAACGAUGAUUUGCACCAUGCAAUGCGAGUGUGAAAGCGUUCGGCAGGAAGGAGUGCCAGUAGAGAGGCAACCGCGCGCAUUCGAUCACCACUACUUCCCUUUUCCCUCCAACCGGCGCCCUCCCAGCCAUUCCCUCCCGUUUGAUCGGGUGGAAACGAAGCGACGGAUCGUGCCCACACACACACACAGACAUCCUUCCGUUUCCCGAUCCCAUCCGUUAGCCGAUGGGGGUUUUCGGUUCCUAUCUAGCUUUUGGUUCUUCGGUCAAAAUUGUGUUGCGGUACUUGAUUGAUCGAACGAAACGAAACGUCCUCAAAAACGCGCAUAACACAUGAACUAUGGCUAAAAGUGAUGAUGUGAUGCUCCGUGAGAAUACGCCGCCCCGCACUCUAACAUGUAGGCUUUGUUUUAGGAUGAUUUUAAAUGAGUUUCUUUUUUCGCGUGUUGCUUGGUGCGCAGUACUGUGUGGUUCGAGCGUGUGAGCGUCCGUGUGAAAGUCCGUGUUCACGGGUUGUAACACUUGCAAUUACAAUUGUGUCUAUUUCUUCUGGUUCUGUUCAGGUACUUUUGUUCUCAAGCUCUGAGCUCUUGUUCAGUUCCUUAGUAAAACUAUGUAUGUAAAAAACGAGCGCGAGUGCGUGCGUGUGUGUGUGUGUAGUUGUGCGUGUGUGAAUGUUAACAUUUCCUUUUAAAAGUAUGCGCCCCUCCCCUCCCCCUGAGCUCAGGUCUCUUGGCCGGGAUACAUAGGAUUGAUGCUUCUUAUCUAUCUAUAGAGAGAUUCGAAUAAUAUGGUUGAUUGAUUUGUAAUCACCAGAGUUCGGUCCGAGAAUCGCAAGCGAGCACAGGUAGUAUCCGGCAGUAAGAUUCUUGUUUAACUGUAUUUAGUUCUUGGGCGCGUCAUACGAAAGGAGGGGGGCUCUGUGGUGUAAAUGCAUGCAGCGCGAAAUACGUGAAGAAGAAAAAAAAAACAUUCAAAUUAGAAAGGCAACAACAUUGUAAGAAAUGGCAAAGCAUCGCGCAGAAAAAAAAGCAAAUGAAAUAAUAAUGAUCUGCCAAAAAAAA